AUGGCCACCGCCGUUCUCCCCACCGAAGGCUAUCUCCGCCAUCGGUUCCGCCGUGAAACCUUGAACUUAGAUUGUCCUUUUAGAUACCGUCGAAAUCCUAACCCUAGGUUGAUUAAACCGAACAAUAGAAAGGGGAGUCCCCCCCUAGGGUUUCAGUCGAAUAACAGAAGGCAAGCGGAAUCCAUGGUGGCCAAAUCUCCCGGGAAGAAUCUAGUGAUGGGCCAGGUCAAGAUCUUGAAACGCGGCGAAACCUUGACCACCGCCGCGGAGAAGAAGACCGAUCUCAGGACGACCGACGAGGAGUUUGAUUUGGCAUUGGGGUCGACGAAUCGGUUGGGUCCAGAUCCAGAAACGAUGCAAAAGCAAGUUAAGCUGAAGGAAUUCAAGAUCGGUGGUUCGUAUGCCGGUUCCGCUUCUUUUGUUUCGCCGCCACCUAGUUCGCUUCCGGUCCCUGUUUUUUUGGGAAGAACAGCUAAGGCAUCGCCUUGA